UAAGGAGACAUGAAGAUCCGGUUUUUUGCUUCAAGUAUAAAAAUGGUGCUCAAUGACAAUGGUUAACAAUAGACUUCAUAACGUGAAGUAUUGUAGGUCAAAAAAUGAACCUCAUAUUAAAUAUUCCAAUUUUGCUUUCAAUUUUUCUUUUAUCCUUGAAAAAUCAAUUAAUAUGGGCCCAGAACAGAAUCAUUGGUGGAAGUGAAAUUAAAAUAACAGAAGCACCUUAUAUGCUUCAUAUGACAAUACCAAGAAUACAUUCUCAUAAGGCCAGUGUCUGUGGAGCCGGAAUAAUUAGUAACGAAUGGGCUGUUACCGCCGCUCAUUGUUUCUUAAAUCCUGAUAAAGACGUAAAUCAUAUCCGCGUACUUGCUGGUACAGCUGAUACAGAGAGAAGAGCACGCACAGCAAAAACAUAUCACGUUUCUCAAUAUAUUCAACAUGAAAAUUUUACAGGAAUAGGUUCAGAUGAUUCUGUUGGAUAUGAUAUUGCAGUCAUUAAAAUUAGUCCACCGUUAAAGUUUAAUAAAGCUACAAAACCCUUAAAGUUGCCUAAAAAAGGAGAAAAGAUCAAGGUCGACAUGGCAACUAUUGCCGGAUGGGGAAAAACAGAUCCGCAAGGAGGUGUUUCCACAAAAUUACGCCAUAUUAGAGUGCCAUUAGUGAAGACAAGCAAAUGCAAGGAAGAAUAUCGUCAUCAUCAUAUGAAAGUUAAAAGUGACCAAAUUUGUUACGGAUUUCAUAAUAAAACAACCACCUUAGACAAAUGUCAAGGUGAUUCCGGUGGUCCAUUGGUUAACGAUGACGGUAUUGUACUCGGAGUGGUUUCUCAAGGAGUGAAAUGUGGAACGCAUGGACUUCCUGGAAUUUAUACGAGUGUUCCAUUUUUCCGUGAUUGGGUUAAAGAAAAAACAGGAGUUUAAAUUUUUCACUUUAAUAUGAUUAUAUUUAAUUAUUAAUUUUUUCUAAAAAUAAUAACACAAUUGAAUUAUUUUAA